GGAGAUAUGUCUGUUAUGGGAAGACGCCGCGUACCCCAUCUCCUGGUUCUUCUUACACUUGUGUUCGGCGGGGAGAGAACUGAGGCACAAAGAGCAGGUUGCAAGAACGUUCACUAUGACCUCGUGUUCAUCUUGGAUGCCUCCUCCAGUGUCGGAAAAGAAGAUUUUGAGAAGGUUCGGCAGUGGGUGGCUAACUUGGUGGAAACUUUCGAGAUUGGCCCGGAUAAAACCCGCGUAGGUGUGGUGCGAUACAGUGAUCGGCCGACCACCGAGUUCGACCUGGGAAAAUACAAAACCCGUGAGGAAAUCAAAGAGGCCGCCAGAAAAAUUAAGUAUUAUGGGGGCAACACAAACACUGGAGAUGCUCUCAGGUACAUCAACAUGUACAGUUUUUCCAAAGAAGCAGGUGGGAGACUUAGUGAUCGAACUGUUAAAAAAGUGGCUAUCCUUCUGACUGAUGGAAGGAGCCAGGAUUACGUCUUGGAUCCAGCCACUGCAGCCCGUCGGGCUGGAAUUAGGAUCUUUGCUGUGGGUGUUGGUGAAGCCUUAAAAGAGGAACUUGAUGAGAUUGCUUCAGAACCCAAGUCUGCUCACGUGUUUCAUGUCUCCGAUUACAAUGCCAUCGAUAAAAUUCGGGGGAAGCUGAGAAGACGUCUCUGUGAAAACGUUCUGUGUCCAAAUGUCCGUGUGGAAGGAGAUCGAUUCAAGCAUACCAAUGGGGAGACUGAUGAGAUUCCAGGAUUUGACCUGAUGGAUUCGUUCAGCGUGAAACAGAUCUUUGGAAUGAAAGAAAAUGGAAUUCAAAGCUCUUAUGUACGACUUGGAAGUUUUCCUGUUGUUCAGAAAACUGAGGAUGUAUUUCCACAAGGUCUGCCUGAUGAAUAUGCCUUUGUAACUACCUUCAAAUUCCGGAAGGCUUCCAGAAAAGAAGACUGGUAUAUUUGGCAGAUUAUUGACAAGUACGGCAUACCACAGGUCUCAAUCCGUCUGGACGGAGAGAACAAAGCGGUGGAGUACAAUGCCGUUGGGCUCACCAAAGAUGCCGUGAGAGUGGUCUUCCGCAGCGCACGAGUCAGUGAUCUCUUUGACCGCAGCUGGCACAAGAUUGCCCUCAGCAUUCAGUCAACGGCUGUCUCGCUUUACAUAGACUGCAAGCUGGUGCAGAUGCUGCCUAUUGAGGACAGGGAAAAUAUCGACAUUCAGGGAAAGACUGUGAUUGGCAAACGCUUGUACGAUAGCGUCCCCAUUGACUUUGAUCUUCAGCGGAUGGUUAUUUACUGUGAUUCUCGGCAUGCUGAGCUGGAGACCUGCUGUGACAUUCCCUCUGGACCAUGCCAGGUCACAGUCCUGACAGAAGCACCUCCUGUGGAAGUGAAGCCCACUGUUGGCAGCGAGCAAGUUGCCCACCUCAAGACCGUCAAUUGCUCCUGUUCUGCCGGAGAAAAGGGGGAGAGAGGUCCAAUAGGCCCUGAAGGUCCUAAAGGCCAAAAGGGAGAAAGUGGCAGUCAAGGGCUUCCUGGACUCAGAGGAGAAAAAGGAGAGUCAGGCAGAGCCUAUGGCAGAGGAGAAAAAGGAGAAAAGGGGUCCCUUGGCUUGCCCGGCCUCCCGGGAAAGGAUGGAGCAAAAGGAGAAGCCGGUGAACCAGGACAGCCGGGAGCAUUUGGACUGCCUGGGCCAGCAGGUCCAAAGGGAUCUGAGGGAAAACAGGGUCCUCCAGGCAUUAAAGGCUACGUAGGAGCACCGGGUCUACAAGGAGAAAGAGGAGAAAAGGGAACACGAGGAGACAAGGGAGAACGAGGCCUAGAUGGACUCCCAGGAAAGCCAGGUGUGGAGGGGAAUCAGGGCCCUGCUGGCAGCCCAGGCCCUCCAGGUACCAGUGGGACCAAAGGAGAAAAGUCUUCCUCAGGUGAACCAGGGCUCCCAGGAUUGCCAGGCUCUUCAGUACACACUGAAGGCUUAAAAGGCAAGCAAGGAGAGCCUGGCCCACGAGGACCACAAGGCCAACCUGGACUUCCUGGACCUCCAGGAGAGGCUGGUCCAGAAGGCAAGCCUGGAGUCCCGGGUUUACCAGGUCAAAGGGGUAAGAAGGGGGAACCUGGAUUCCCAGGAAUCAAUGGUCUAAUUGGCCCUCAGGGACCUCCAGGGCCCCCAGGCAUUGCUGGACCCCCUGGACCACCUGGAGCACCAGGACUGCCAGGAGAGAUUGGCGUUUCUGGUAAAACCGGACCUCCAGGAGCAGCUGGUUUGCCAGGCAAAGAUGGAUUAAAUGGUCUUCCUGGGCUCCCGGGCCAAAAGGGAGAACAAGGGGAAAAGGGCGAGGAAGGCUUUCCUGGAAAAGCUGGCCCUAAGGGUGACCCAGGGAGCCGUGGCCAAGCUGGUGAACAGGGCGAAGCAGGUCUUCCUGGUCCUCGGGGCUUACCUGGACUGAACGGAGAAAAAGGAGACCAGGGAGAAAAAGGAAAAGAUGGUCUCCUGGGACUGAAAGGUGAAAGAGGAGAAAAGGGUGACACGGGUUCCCCUGGCCCACCUGGCUUACCUGGAACAACAGCCUUCUUCACCCCACACCCUAGGAUUCCUGGUGAACCUGGACCAAAAGGGGAGAAAGGAGAUCAAGGAACAAGCGGAGAACCUGGAUUACCAGGGGUCCCAGGUGAACAGGGUGUCCCAGGACCUGCAGGACUACAGGGCACAAAGGGGCAGAAAGGAGCUCGAGGAGAAGUUGGAGCCCCUGGAGAGGCUGGUGCGACUGGACCAGCAGGGCCCCCAGGUCCAAGAGGCUUGCCAGGAAAUGUGGGAGUGCAUGGAGACCCUGGACUACCAGGAAAGGAGGGAGAAAAAGGGGAAAAGGGUGACCCAGGAAAAGAUGGAAAAGUGGGAUUACCAGGGCCUGCUGGUGAGCCUGGGCCUGUUGGAGAGCCAGGUUUGCCUGGCAAGGGUAAAGAUGGAGAACGGGGGGAAAGAGGCCCACCAGGCUUGCCAGGACCUUUUGGGCAUAAGGGUGAGAGGGGAGCUCCAGGCCUCCCUGGACAGCCAGGAGACAGAGGUGUGCCAGGAAUCGGACUGGCUGGACCCCCUGGCCCCGUUGGACCCCCAGGAGGCAAAGGGUCAUUGGGUCCCCGUGGUGUACCUGGUAUCCCUGGACCACAGGGGCCUCCUGGCCAGGAUGGUCUACCUGGAAAUCCAGGGGAAAGAGGACCUCCUGGAAAACCAGGUUCCUCACCCCUGCUCUCUCCAGAGGACAUCAAUCUCUUAGUAAAGGAUGUGUGCAGUGAGUGCCCUCCUGGCCCACCAGGACUACCAGGCAUUCCAGGCUUCAAAGGCGAUAAAGGUCUCCGAGGACCACCAGGUAGAGAUGGCCAGGAUGGGAAAAUGGGAAAUGCUGGUCCCAGAGGUCCUGCAGGCCCACCUGGGCUGGAUGGUCCAAAGGGUGCUAAAGGAGACCGUGGUACAACUGGGGAUGCAGGAGAAAAAGGAGAACAGGGCCACCCUGGGAUGCCCGGCUUCGCAGGGGCUCCUGGAAAUCCUGGUCCUCCUGGACCAGAUGGGGCACCAGGACCAAUAGGACCAGCAGGAAACCCAGGAGACAUAGGUAAAGAUGGCCCUCCAGGUCCACAGGGCCCACCAGGUGUGCCAGGACUUCCUGGCAUUGCUGGGAAUGAUGGCAAAGAUGGCAAGCCAGGAUCUCUUGGGGAACCGGGAAAACCUGGAGAACCAGGGCUCCCAGGCCAGGAGGGUGCCAGAGGCUUACCGGGUUUCAAAGGACAGAGAGGAGACACAGGUCCCCCAGGUCCCCGGGGGGAACCAGGUGCGACAGGUCCUGCUGGGCGUGAGGGGCCACCAGGGAAGGAUGGCGAUACUGGUCCCAUAGGACCACAGGGUCCUCGAGGACUCAGAGGGCAGCCGGGCAAGAAUGGAUUGCCUGGAUCUGCAGGAGAGCCUGGCCCAGCAGGUAACCCAGGUCCUAAAGGAAAUAAAGGAGAGAACGGCAGCCCAGGACUCCCUGGCUUCAUAGGACCCCGAGGACCACCUGGAGAUCCAGGAGAAAAAGGCCCUCCAGGAAAAGAGGGUGCACCAGGGAAACCAGGUGAAAUUGGCUCCAAAGGAGACAGAGGAGACCCUGGCAUCAAAGGAGAAAAGGGUCCUCAAGGAGAAAAGGGCCCUCCCGGUGAACCUGGGAUACCUGGUCAUAAAGGUCAUCCAGGACUGAUGGGUCCCCAUGGACCACCAGGAGACACAGGGCAGGUUGGACCUCCUGGUCCCCCAGGACAGCCAGGAUUUCCAGGACCAAGGGGGGAACCUCCAUCUCUAGAGACUUUGAGAAGACUCGUCCAAGAGGAAUUAGCUAAGCAGCUAGAUGCAAAGUUAGCCUACCUCUUGGCUCAGAUGCAGCCUGCACAUGUAAAAGCAUCCCAUGGCAGGCCAGGACCUCCUGGUCCCCCUGGGAAAGAAGGACUACCAGGAAGAACUGGCCCCCCAGGAGAGCCUGGCCGGCCUGGACAGACUGGGUCUGAAGGGCUACCUGGCCCUGUUGGGCCCAAAGGAGAAAGAGGAGCAAAGGGUGAGAAAGGAGAUACUGGCAUUGGCCAACGAGGUGAAAUAGGUCCUCCAGGAAUUCCAGGCCUCCCAGGGGAGCCAGGCUAUGCCAAAGAUGGGAUGCCAGGACCACCUGGCCCUCAAGGUGAAGCUGGGGUGCCUGGUCUCAUGGGCCCACAGGGACCUCCAGGAGCCAAUGGACAGUGUGACCCCACUCAGUGCGCUUACUACGCAAGCCUGGCUGCCAGGCCCGCCAAUGUCAAAGGGCCCUAG